AUGGGUACCUUCUUUUCAUGGAAUUGUCGCGGCAUACGUUCCAAACUUUCAGACAUCAAGACAAUUUUAAACAAAUUUCAUCCAAUUUGUUUAGGUAUUCAAGAAACCUUCUUAACACCCAGUAUUCCAAUAAAAUUGCGCGGUUAUAAUUGUACCAGGAAAGAUACAGACACAGGAUCUCGGAGUUCUGGUGGUGUCUGUCUCUUAACCUCAAAUCUAUAUCCAAGCACACCUAUUACUUUGCAUACACCUCUACAGGCUGUGGCAGUAAGGUACCCUACGAUAGAAAAUCUUGUGGCUUUUAAGAAAGCCAAAGCCUUAGCUCGACGCAUUCGCAGACGUAGUCAGAGGGAAUCUUGGAUCAAGUUUGUGUCUUCGAUCACAUCCUCAACUUCCACCAAACUGUUGUGGAAAAAGGUAAAAGCUGCAAAUGGGAUUUAUAGUGAAACUUCCAUUCCUGUUUUAAAAACAGGAAACUUAGUGCAUUCAUCCCCAUUAGAAGUAGCUAAUAUUCUCGGUCAUGCUUUCGCACAAGUUUCCGCAAUUGAUUCCUAUAGUUCUGAAUUUCUGGAAAUUAAGAAUCUUGCGGAGCGACUGACUUUGCAUUUUAAUGACCGAAAUACUUUAACAUACAACUCUGAAUUCAGGAUGUUUGAAUUGAAAACGGCUCUGUCUCAAGCCGGAAACACAAGCCCGGGGCCAGAUGGAAUAACUUAUAGCAUGCUUCGCCAUUUAAAUGAAAUCUCCUUAUCUAAUUUGUUGUUACUUUUUAACAGAAUUUGGACUGAACAUAAAUACCCUAAACAAUGGAGCGAAGCUACUGUAAUUCCAAUUCUAAAACCUGGAAAAGAUCCAUUAAACCCUCUGAACUAUAGACCUAUUGCCCUUACCAACUGUGUUUGCAAGACCUUUGAACGCAUGGUCAAUGCUCCCAGUCUCUAUGUUGAUGAUCUGCAGAUCUCAUGCGAAGGUAGUAACAUGAAUUUAAUCGAACAACAAUUACAAAAUGCAGUCAAUAAAGUGGUUACUUGGUGUAAUAAAAAUGGUCACGCUAUUUCUCCUGAGAAGAGUCAAUGUGUUCACUUCUGUAAGAAGAGAAAUAUGCAUUUAGAUCCUGUUGUAAAGAUACGUGAUACACCAAUUCCAGUUGUGACUGAAGUAAGAUUUUUGGGAGUGACGUUCGAUGGUAAACUCACUUUCCUUCCACAUAUAUUAAACUUGAGGAAGAGAUGCGAAAAAAAUUGA